CGCGCUCAUUAGCACUUGGGCUGUUCCAAGAUGCGCUUUCUCCGGAUGCGGAUCGGUCGCGAUACGUGAUAAACAGUCGAGCUCGUUCGGAUUCCUCGGGCAUCCGUCUCCCAGCUGAGAAGAUCUGUUUGGUUGGGGGAGGAAUAAACGAGAUAAGAGAGCUCGGGUGGCUGCAUAAUGCGUUUAUACGUGAGUAUCGCGUUCUCGUUCCUCUUUGUCGUUCUGCACAAUGUCCCGCAUUCGGGAUUCGUCGCUGUGGCGGGACUCUCCAACUACGAUAAUCCCAAGUUCUACAAAAUCGGCGGCGUUCUCUCCAACGACGAGAGCAAGUCGCACUUUGAAAAAACGAUCGACCAUCUCAACUUCGAUGCCCAAUAUGUCAAUAAAGGAGUAACGUACAAGCACACUGUGAUCGAAAUGGACUCCAAUCCAAUCAGGACCGCGUUGAGUGUCUGCAAGUCCCUCAUCGCCGAGCAGGUGUACGCGGUGGUGGUGUCGCACCCGCUUAUCGGCGACCUGUCGCCAGCCGCGGUUUCCUAUACCAGCGGCUUUUAUCACAUACCGGUGAUCGGCAUUUCAUCCAGGGAUUCCGCCUUCUCUGACAAGAACAUACACGUCUCUUUCUUGCGCACCGUACCGCCGUAUUCGCAUCAGGCGGAUGUCUGGGUGGAACUAUUGAAGCACUUCAACUACAUGAAGAUCAUCUUCAUCCACAGCUCCGACACAGAUGGUCGCGCGCUUCUCGGACGUUUCCAGACAACGUCGCAGAAUCUGGAGCAAGACGUGGAGAUCAAAGUGCACGUUGAGUCAGUUAUCGAGUUCGAACCGGGAUUAGACAGUUUCGUGGAGCAACUGACAGAGAUGAAGAGUGCGCAGGCGAGAGUUUGCCUCAUGUACGCUUCGAAAACGGAUGCGAGGGUGAUCUUCAGGGAUGCGGCCGCUCUGAACAUGACUGGUGCUGGUUACGUGUGGAUCGUUACUGAACAGGCAUUGGAAGCAUCAAAUGCUCCAGAGGGCUUGUUAGGUUUGAAACUGAUCAACGCCACUCAAGAGAAAUCACAUAUCACCGACAGUCUAUUUGUGCUCGUAUCCGCGUUGCGUGCAAUGAACAACUCGGAGAAAAUCACCGAAGCGCCGAAAGAUUGCAGCGAUUCCGGCUCUAUAUGGGAAACCGGGAAGAAACUAUUUACGUAUAUUCUUCAGCAAGUAUUGCAACAUGGCUCUACGGGUCGAGUGGCGUUCGACGAUAAUGGUGAUCGCAUAUUCGCCGAAUAUGACAUAAUUAACAUCCAAUACGCGGAUUCCGACAACAAGACGCAAGUGUCCGUCGGCCAGUAUUUUUAUCCAGCUAACGGUACGAAGAUGAAAUUGCGAGUAAACGAGUCCAGCAUCAUAUGGCCAGGUCGUCUAAAGACCAAACCCGAAGGUUUCAUGAUACCGACACACCUGAAAGUGCUGACGAUCGAGGAGAAGCCGUUUGUUUACGUUCGCGAGCUAGCUGAGAGCGAAACCAAAUGCUUGCCUGAAGAGAUUGCGUGUCCUCAUUUCAACACAACAGAGCACGAAAACACACGAAUAUUCUGCUGUAGGGGAUAUUGCAUGGAUCUAUUGAAGGAACUGUCGAAGACAAUCAAUUUCACCUACAGCUUAGCUCUGUCGCCCGACGGUCAGUUCGGCAGCUAUGUGAUAAAAAAUAGUUCGGUCGGAGGAAAGAAGGAAUGGACCGGUCUGAUCGGCGAGAUAGUGAACGAGCAAGCUGAUAUGAUCGUCGCGCCACUGACAAUCAACCCUGAGCGCGCCGAAUUUAUCGAAUUUAGCAAACCGUUUAAGUAUCAAGGCAUCACUAUUCUCGAGAAAAAGCCUUCGAGAUCGUCCACGUUGGUCUCCUUCUUACAACCAUUCAGCAAUACUCUCUGGAUCCUGGUGAUGGGAUCGGUGCACGUAGUAGCGCUCGCUCUAUACUUGCUCGACAGAUUUUCACCUUUCGGCAGAUUCAAGCUAGCCAAUUCCGACGGCACUGAAGAGGAUGCGCUCAAUCUGUCCAGCGCUAUUUGGUUCGCCUGGGGUGUCUUGUUAAACAGCGGUAUAGGAGAAGGCACUCCUCGAAGUUUCUCUGCACGUGUACUGGGAAUGGUGUGGGCAGGAUUUGCUAUGAUCAUCGUCGCAUCAUACACUGCCAAUUUGGCUGCGUUCCUCGUUUUGGAGCGGCCCAAGACCAAACUAACCGGCAUUAAUGACGCUCGACUAAGAAACACGAUGGAGAACUUGACAUGCGCGACGGUAAAGGGUUCCGCUGUGGACAUGUACUUUAGACGCCAAGUGGAGUUGUCCAACAUGUAUCGUACCAUGGAGGCGAAUAAUUAUGACACCGCCGAAGAUGCUAUACGAGAUAUUAAAAUUGGAAAAUUGAUGGCGUUCAUCUGGGACAGCUCACGUUUGGAAUUCGAAGCGGCCCAAGAUUGCGAGUUGGUGACGGCCGGCGAAUUGUUCGGUCGUUCGGGUUAUGGGAUCGGUUUGCAGAAAGGCUCGCCAUGGGCGGACUCCGUAACACUGGCGAUCUUGGAUUUUCAUGAGAGUGGUUUCAUGGAGCGUCUCGACCACCAAUGGAUCUUGCAAGGUAACGUGCAACAAUGCGAGCAGUUUGAGAAGAUGCCGAACACACUAGGUCUGGAGAACAUGGCGGGAGUGUUUAUAGUAGUCGGUGUCGGUAUCGGCGGCGGUAUCGCUCUAAUCAUCAUCGAGAUGACAUAUAAGAAACAUCAGAUACGUAAACAGAGGAAAAUGGAACUGGCGAGACACGCGGCCGACAAGUGGCGAGGGAUGAUCGAGAAACGGAAAACUCUACGAGCGUCGAUAGUCACACAACGUCGGAUACAAAGCAACGGCCUGAACGAUCCUGCAACGGUGAGCCUGGCGGUGGACACGGUCGCUAGGUCGAACGUCGGUUCGCGAAGUCCUGGUCGCGCUUGGCCCGGCGAUAGUGACCUGAGACAACGACCACUCUCGCGCACCGAGGAUAUCCGGCUGUCGCCUGCCGCCUACACCGCAGACGUGUCACAUCUUAUAGUUUAACUAUGACCCGCCCUCAUUUGUAUUCGUAGUUUUUUACUGAGUACGAAGCGUCGCAUCUCGUAGUGACCGUUUUCGGUAGAUCGUUAACUCACUAUUGAUUGCACAAGCAAGAAAGAAAGAACUAAAAGAGAAACAAGAAUUUUAUAUUAUAAUUUUACUCUAUUCUAGUUUUACCUCCUUAUGUUAUAGUUCCUAUUUAUUUAAACAUAUGACGAAAAGAUAUCUUAAGAAUACUUUUACACGAUAGAGUAUUCAUUUCUUUUGUGUCUAUUUAAUGACGAACACCACCAAUUUCAUCGAUUGAGUGGGAAAUAGCUAAAGUGUUUCAGAGUUUACGAACUGAGUAGAAUAUGAAAUAGAUUAUAUUAAAUCGAAUUACUUCUCGAA